UGGUGGCAUGCCAGUUCAAUUGUAGCAUGCGAAGCGUACUCGCUGGCCUGGCAGGAUUGGCGUUAUCCUGCGCUGCCUCCAAUGCUGCCGAUAUGUUCCAGCACCUGCUCCAACUCCAAAUGGACGCAGGUAUCGGCCAGCACAUCGAGCCAUGGACGUGUGCUACCUGCAUUGGCGGGUGCAUUGUUCAAGGCGAAUGCUUGGCAUCCUCACAUGAAGAGUGCGACAUUCGUCAUGAAGGUGCGCAGUGGUGCGCCCCACCCAAACCAACACCUGAACUUACACCACAAUUGGCACCUGCUCGAACAUCUACUCCCCAGUCUACACCCCAAGGGACUCAAUUCAGUACGCUACCACCAAUCCCAACCCCAUCUCCAUCGAAUCAAAGUCGAAAUUCAACAGCAUUCCCCUCUCCUGUGUCAGUUCUGCAGGUGACGCCGCAGCAAUCACCUCCGCCACUCAACCCGACGACCCCCUUGCCAACUACACUUAAUCCCACGACGCCAUCUCAAAGUCCCCCAGACACUCCACGACCAAGCCCUCUAGCCUCGUCAAGCACCAGCAGUCCCAUGCUAUUACUGCCUCAGCUGUCAGCUUCUCCUCAAACAUCGUCCUCCCAGCAGACGUCGAGCCCACCGUCAGCCUCAUCCCCCGCCAAGCUAGCUUCUCCUCCAUCUUCAGAGUCACUUCCAACUGUCCUCGAUGCCCAUUCCACUCCAAGCGACAAGGAGUCACCCCCUGCGCGUUCUUCACGUGAUUCUACUCCCUCCGACACUUCAAAUUCUGACAACGAUCCGACUUUCGAUGCAUACAUUCCGUCCCUUCGACUCUUCGCGCCUCGAAGCCCCAACUCCAAUCGUAAUGACGCCACAAAUCAGGCCAGCACGCAGUCGUCGUCCGUCGUCGAUUUGCUCGGGUCGGACGAUCCAGUCAACCAAGCCAGCCGCGUCGUGUUUAACGCAGUCAUCGCAGGCACGUUGAUUGUCAUGGUGGCGUUCCAGGUCACAGCUCUUGACCCUGUUUCCGUUGGGGACUUUGCUGGCCCCCCAAAUCUGUGGGAACUGCCUGUGUUUUUCACGUUUUUGCAAAACGUGGCCAUCGUCGCCAUGGCGAGUAUCGACUCGCCGUACGCGCCGUUUGCCCUGUUUACAGAUUCGUUUUCGUGGCUCUUGUUUCUCGUCAAAGGCAGUCGUCUGUCUGCCCCAUCAUCCAGAGCAUUGCAAACAUCCUCGCACGAGGCCGCGUUUGGCAUCCAGCAGUUUGCCCUCCGCCUCAACAUUCCAGAAAGAGACUUGUUUGUGCGCGCGUGGACGUGCUUCUUCGUCGUCAUGUCGGCGAUGCUGCUGCUCCUGUGCCUAUUCAACGGCCUAGCGACGUACUUCAGUCGCCACUACGGGCCCCUUCUGAACCAAGUUGAGGACCACCCGAACGCCGACAGAUUUGAAAAGUGGAGCCUCAAGGUACAAGGGGUGUUGGUGUGGGUACUCACCCAAGCGGUGCUUCCCCUCACGGCGGUGUCGGUCUUUGAAGCCUCCGCAUCUCAGUCGCCUGCGGCCGGUGGAUCCGCCAGCAGAGCCUUGGCCGUGGCGGUGCUCGUGAUCAUCGGAGACGCCUGCGUCGGCGCAUCUUUGGUCCUGUGGCGGCAGACCGAAUCCAGUCUGUCCAAGUUCCACACCAAAGCCACGUUUGGGGUGCUUUACGUGAACCUCCAGUACCCGCACCGGGCGUUCUGUGGGGUCACGCUGAUGGUGCAGCUUGUGUCGGGGGCGAUGAUGUCUGGAGUGGGGACCCCUUCCACCCAGAUGUUGUGGCUCGUCAGUGUCCACGGCCUGUACAUGCUGGUGCUGGUGGUCGUGAGGCCGUUCGUGACCAACUUGCACUUGAGUGUGGCUGUGCUGGUGGAGUUGGUCAAUAUCGCCAUCUACUGCCUCUGCUUCGCCCAAGCCAAGGCCGCCGUGGAUGACAUUCACACCAAGAAGACGCUUGGGUAUGUCGUCAUGGGUCUCGCGUGUCUGUUGGUGGCACUGUUUUUAGUCCGGACGCUAAAAAAACUCGUUCAAAAGAACGACAAAGUGAAAGGGACGGAUCAAAGUUUUACUGUAUGUUUGAGCGAUGAGCAGGAGUCUUUCUGCGAACUGGAGAGGCCUCUGCUAGGGUGAACCAAACCUUCCGUGCAUAGCUUAUUGUAGUACUAACUACACCUUUUUUCGGUUAAUUUCAGGACCUCACCAUACUUUUUCGCGAAAUAAACAACCAAUUCGCGGCGG